AUGGCCGCCAACUACUGGCCGCAUACCACAUAUGCCGGACCGCUCCGGCAAAGCCAGGGAGACUACGCCGCAGUUCCCGCCCCGCACACGACCCCCAUGCAUUCCUGCGUUAUGGGCGGCAAGGAUCUUGCCGCCCCGUCGGCAUUGCGGAGGCACAACUUACCCACAGCAAUAACUACUACUACUACUGCGCCAAGCACGGAUUCAAUUGCGGGAACGGUCGGCCCAGGAGGAGAACAUUCUGUCACGGUAAAUCGGGAGGAGAAUGACCUGGAUGCUGUUGGCCCGGCACCUGCUCCCGUCUCGCAAAAGCCGAUCCGCCGCCGGAUGCGCAUGAUCACGUCUUGUCUCGAGUGUAGACGGCGAAAGCUCAAGUGCGAAAAGAAACAGCCAUGUCACAAUUGCAAGAGGUUCCAGCGGGAGUGCGUGUACCUCGGGCCCAACCUCGACGAGGCCAGCCAACAGCGGCUGACCGAAAUAAAAGAGAAGGUGGGAUCCCUUGAGCGGCAACUGGAGAGGGAUGUGGCCAAAGGGGCGACUUGCCGCCGCAGUGGCAGCCCAAGCCGGGGCGGCGAUGGUAGCCAGUCCCAUCAGCAGCGCUUUGUCGCAGACGAUGUCGAGGACGAGCUCGGCGAGGAGCGCGACCUUCAGAUCACGCCAAUGGUGGCCCUUGACCUUACCUACGACGACUAUUCCGAUGGCAAUGGGACCGACGAUCUCAUCGAUCUGGGAGUUCGCGUUGGAAAGAUGAGAAUAACGGAGCGCAUUGGAGGCUUAAACAGGCCGCGCAUUUCGGAAGAGAUCCAAGCUGGAAUUGCCGACAGCCGCCAACCUCAAUCCCAUAUGUACGCUACCUCUAGCGGGUAUGCGUCCGACGAAAUGCAAGAAGCUCUCGAGCUCCCUGAUUUUCUCAGGCCUGGAGACUCAUACCUCGCCCCUACCAGCGGCUUCUUUUUUGGACAAUCGGGCGAGUCGCCUUCUUUUCUCAGCCUGUUGCCGUCGCCUGAGUUCGGCGACAGGCUAAUGCGCCGCUACCUCGAGGCUGUUCACCCCAUCGCCCGCUGCCUCCAUCGGCCGUCUUUCGAGGGACUAUAUCAUUCGUUCUGGGAUGAUGUGAGGCAGAACAUUGAGCCUCGCCCCUCGGUCCAGGCUGUUGUGUUUGCGGCCUGGUUCGCUGCCGCCGUCAGCGUGGAUGACGCCUUUUGCCGGGACCAGCAAUGCGGCAAGGCCCAACUGGUGCUCCACAUGAAGAUCGGGACAGAGACUGCGCUCAGCAAGGCGGGAUUCCUGAGUACAACGAGGUUCGAAACCCUCCAAGGGUUUGUUAUGUACUUGCUUCCACUAUGCCGAGACGAGGUGUCCAGAGCACACUCGGUUCUUGUUGGCGCCGCCGUCCGGAUGGCCGAGUGCAUGGGCCUCCACCGUGACGGCUCGGCCUACGGCCUCAGCCCUCUGGAGACACAGGUCCGUCGACUAGUUUGGCACCAGCUAUGCUUCCUCGACAUCCGUACAUGCGAGGCGCAAGGGCCGAAACCGGCAAUACGGCGCGAAGACUACGAUACCAAGAUGCCGCUAAACUGCGAAGAGGACCAACUGACGCCGCAGACAACCGUAUGGCUGGCACCUGCGGAAACCUGGACGUCGAUGCUCCUGUCGAUCAUGCGGUUCGAGAUCAACGAGAUGAUGCGCAAUAUCUGGGCGGACCGCCGCAAGUUGGAACUGCGAAAGACGACGUUGACCGCCAUGCUCAGCAGGGUUGAGAACUUCCGCAAACGAAUGCUGGAGAAGUACAACAGAAUGCUCAACGACCGCGUACCGAUACAGAAGUACGCAAAGCUCGUCAUGCAACUGCUCAUCUUUCGACUGCAUGUCAUGGUGCUGCACCCGUACCACUCCAAUACGGCGAACCCGCUGCCCGACAAGUUGAAUGGAUUGCUGGUCACCAGCGGCGUCCUGAUCAUUGAGAUUGCCAUCCGGCUCGAGUCCAACCCCCUGUUCCGAGAUUGGGCCUGGUACCUUGGCGCUUACCAGCAAUACCAGAUUGCCCUGCUGCUGGCAACAGAGAUAUAUUACCGGCCCAACCACCGGGAUGCUCAGCGUAUAUGGCCGUGUCUCGACUGGGUCUUCCAGCUGGACCCUAAUGUGCCGCGUGAGCAAAAGAUCCUGCAGAUUCUGACGGAGAUAGCGAACAAGACGAACAUCUACAUGGGAUUGCGCAAGGUCCGCGCACCAACCACAAUCAACAGGGCCGUUCCCGGGAAGCAGGCUGUCAAAGAGUCGCCUCCGCGGUCGGCCCCUGAUCCGCUGCCCCUUCCGGCGCCGCCCCAGGGGCCAGAUCUAUUCCACCAGGGGCCGCAGGUCCACCACACAGGUGCCGGGAUGGUUCCGGGACUCAAGACAGAGCCCAUUGUCUAUCCUUCUCAGAUGCCAGGGACUGGUCCUGCGGUACCAACAUCCCUGCCCGGCCCCAUGAACGGCGCCCUUGUGGCCCCUCCCCCUCUACCACCGUCCUCUGUGGCCAUGGGCAUGAUGAUACCCCCUUCGCAGCAGAGCCAGCUGCACCAGCUGAGUUUUGCUCCGCCACAUCAAAUGGUGUUUACCGGCGUGUCGAACGGCGAGGCCCUGUGGAGCUUGCCGCCGCGCAAUAACGGCCCCGGCAGUCCCGAGAACAGCAGCGACGGCGGCAGUGUUGUGGGACAGCCGCAGGCGCAUGGGAAUAUACCAGGGCCUACUGGGCAGUCGGUCCCAGGGAUGAAUGUCAUGGAGGGACUUGACUGGGAUAAGAUUCAUGAGCUGUUUCCGACCGAUCCCCAAACAGGCCAGCUCAGCUUUAAUCCGUUUGCUGAUUCCGGGAUGGGCCAGCAGGGGUCGUGGUAG